AUGCCUGCAAACAAGACCUUGUUACCAUCAUUGCCACCAUCCGGAUGGCAGACGGAGCCGCUGAUCAACGACACCAAGUUCUCAGAAAGCCUGGCCAACCAGUACAUCCACCAACUUGCUCACUCCAUCGGCUACCACAUCGUUGGAUCCGCCCAGCUCAACCACAGCUUCCAGUACCCCUACAAUUGCUUGCUGAGCCUCAAGUUCAUCACUGAGCAAAGAGGAUUUACGAGGUAUUUUGUGAUUACAUGGCAGAUCAACAAUGGUGCUCAUCUGUUUGAGUUCAUGGGCAAAAAGUAA